CAUCGCGAAGAUCGCACUUCGAUUUUAGAGCAGAUGAGUUCUUUUUAGUCAGUUUUGUUAGUGCUCGUGUGAAUGGCGCAAAGGAGAGACGACGGCUAGUUCUGGCAGAAUCGGUGCGAGAGAGUUCUAUUAUCGUCUCGGCGGCUGCGUCUCGUGUUGCUUGUGUUCUCGCGAAAACUCAUUUAUCCGUCUCCGUGCAUAACUGAGUGUCUGGCCUCGCAGUUGGUUCAGUAGCCCGAGCUCCAGGCCCGGGACCGUAUACUACUUACCGUUAGGUACAGGGGGAAAACGCAAGAUUUUUCAUCGGCGUGCUGCUUCAUAUAUACGUAUAUAAACAUACACGCCCCCGCCUACACAAUAGUGCUUAAACUGUACAUUACUUUUUUUUUAUAUAGGUUCAUAUAUAUAUACACCUCCAUCUUCUGGUUCUGGUGUUUUUCUUUUCUCGAUCCGAUCGGAUCACCACUCACUCACACACGCACACUUAUCUUCUACGUUUCUCGGCUCGCGCGUUCUCUCGAUAAGCAUAAUUUCAAAGUGCAGUGAAUGCGAUUAUAAGUUCAUGUGUAUGUUGGUGAUCAUAAUUGUGCAAGUUGUUAAUAAGUACACAGUCGUCCUUGAGGAGUACCUGAAAGAAAAGACCUAAAAUAACGAGGAAUAAUUCACGGGGAUGAGGCUGUGCUCUGCAGCAUCCACAGAGCCCAACGCAUAAGUACAGCCACUUCUGUAGUUCUGUACUCUCGAACUUCUCUACCAUAAUAAUAUACGUACGUGUUUACAUACACAUGUACGUACGCGUUUUGGAGUUAAGUUGCGGUGCAGUGUGAAGCAUCCAAGCAGAUAAAUAUUAUGCUUGGCCCUUAUACAUAUAGGUAAUGGUAGUUAUAUAUAUAUAUAUCCGGCUGUUGUAGCAUAGGACAUAUUUUCCAUCUCGCUCAACUCAGCAUCAUAUAGUAUAUACCUACUCUUAUACACGAUGAUGGCCCCAUGGCCCAGAGAAGUGCUUUAAACAUUCAAGAGUCCACCUACUCGUCGCUGCUGCUGUUGGUGGAUGUUGGUACUGAAUUGCUGGGCUAAUAGAAAAAAAGAGAGAGAGAAACGCUUUCCAUAAAAAUCAAAACACAAGCUCCCACUCUUCGCUCCUCCUCAUCCUCCUACUCCCGUUUACGAGCGGAUAUGAGAGGGUAGGGAACGGAUAAAAUAAGCUCUCAACGGAUAAACGCAGGUAUACCUAUACCUACAAGUGCAGUGUACAGAGUACAGAGGGUACGUUACGUAUAGUACCCUACUACCGUACUAUUUUUGCGUAUGUGCGCGUAUCUGCACCUAUUUGUGAAAAGGAGGAGGCAACGAACCAUAGAUAGGAUAUAGGGAGACACAUAGAGGAGGACGAUGACGAGAGGAGUGUUCUGAGAGAAAAAGAUACAUGACAUGAUUCCGCAAAGAGAGGAACAAGACGUGGACGGCUCGCGGAAGAGACGCAGCAUCAAUAACGGAAAGCGAUGAUGAUUACGAUCGUGAUGAUGAUGAUCGAGAGGAUGACGGCUGCUGCUGCUACUACUACUACCGACACAUGAAAAUUGAGCAACCAGUCAGUCGCACACGCGCGCAAGCUCUACAUAUCUCUCGUUGUAACUCUCUUUCUCUCUCUCUGCAAUUUGCUUAAUGGCUAAUAAGACUCGGAGAUUCUGAUGCUGUUGCUGUCGUCGUUAUUUUAUAGUUGUGUUUGAUGCUGUGUGAUUCUCAACUAGCCUUCCACGAUGAGCGUCUAUAUCGUUACACUGCUCUGCAUCAUCCUUGGUCUAUUGGGCCCAAUUAGUGCUCACGAUGUCAAAGGAUCGACUUACUGUGAGUUCUACAAUGAAACGAUGUGUGGAGGGGAAUUUAAAGAAGACUGCGUGGAAAAAGAAAUGUGUGGACCCCAUGAUCCUGAUAAACGUAACCACUGCUACGUCCUGUGGCAAUAUGACAGCGUUACACAGAAAUCUACGACAAAAUUGAAGGGUUGCUUUUUAGAUAGCAAAGAAUGCUAUGAUAAACAGCGUUGCGUUGAGAAAAAUGCUGACAGAAAGAAGCAACAUUUUUUCUGUUGCUGUGACGGCAAUAUGUGUAACAGAAACUUCUCCUGGGACCCACAGCCCACUAUUCCCCCUCCCAUUGUGCAAGAAUAUGAACCAGUUCCAAACACGGAACAACAAUUAUUUACGUUCAUGAUGCUGAUAUCGAUACCUGCUCUGUUAUUGUUCUUAAUUUUCAUAUUCUCCGUGUUCUAUUACUGCCGGCGUAAAAAGUUGGGAUACUUUAACGAGAUCCCAACAAUGGAGCCAGGCCCUAUAUCCCAACCCUCGCCGAAUCUCGGCAACCGGCCUAUCCAGCUAGUGGAAAUAAAAGCACGUGGUCGUUUUGGAGCUGUAUGGAAAGCCAAACUUCACUCCGAAAUUGUUGCUGUCAAAGUUUUUCCCCAACAAGAUAAACAAUCAUGGGUAACUGAGCAGGAAAUCUUUAAGCUUGCACACAUGGACCACGAGGAUAUAUUGCGCUUUAUUGGGGUGGAGAAACGCGGUGACAGCGUUCUUAUCGAGUUUUGGCUCAUCACAGCCUACCAUGAGAAAGGCUCGCUAUGUGACUACCUCAAGGCAAACGUUGUGUCGUGGCCAGAAAUGUGCAGGAUCGCUGAGUCAAUGGCAAGAGGUCUGAUGCACUUGCACGAAGAAAUACCAGCCAACAAGGCCGAUGGUUACAAACCUGCAGUUGCACACCGCGACUUUAAAUCUAAAAAUGUUCUGUUAAAGAAUGAUAUGACUGCUUGCAUAGCUGACUUUGGACUAGCGUUGAUCUUCCAUCCUGGGAAGCCGUGCGGUGAUACCCACGGUCAGGUGGGCACGCGCCGAUACAUGGCCCCCGAAGUGCUCGAGGGUGCAAUUAAUUUUACCAGAGACUCUUUUCUGCGUAUCGAUAUGUACGCCUGCGGUCUCGUACUCUGGGAACUUGCCUCACGUUGUACCGCGCAAGAUGGACCAAUCGGUGAAUACAGGCUACCUUUCGAAGAAGAAAUUGGCCUACACCCUUCACUCGAAGACAUGCAAGAAUGUGUAGUAGCGAAAAAAGAAAGGCCUUUAAUAUUGGAAACUUGGCGUAAACACCCGGGAUUACUGGCCAUCUGUGACACUAUGGAAGAGUGUUGGGACCACGACGCAGAGGCUCGACUCUCAGCCUCUUGUGUAAUGGAACGGGUGGCGUGCCUAAGCAGGACAACUAUACUCAAUUCGUCGACCCUCAUUCGCGUCGACAACGCAAGUGAACCUCUCAUCACCAAGGAGUCUAGUAUGUAAAAAUAUUGCAACCGGUGCACGCGCGUAUGUAUUAUAUUUACGAAUUUCUGAUUCAGCGUAGCUGUUAAGUCUUAUUUAAUUUUCUACCAGUGCACAACUGUUCAUGUUUAUUGUUUUUUAUGGACCACUAAAUGACGAGGUAACAGUUUUCAAUAUGUUUCUGUUAAUUCUGAGUUAACAAUACGCUGAUUCAAAUUAGCAGAAACUGACGGCUAUACUUUUAAAAAAAGUAAGAAAACUAUAUCGAUAACUUCAUUAAUGGGAAACAACGAACUUGUCGAUAGUUAGACUUUGGUUUUAUCGUCUUGCACUCAUCAUUAUCAACAUCUGUUUGAUAAUAAACUAUUAGUCUCCGUGUCGUAUAGCCCAUUGUGCUUUGUACAUAAAACAAUUACAUCGUAAGCACAGAAACACGUUUGUGUGAAUACAGCGAAUAUUUUUAUGGCCUAAUGCAAACAACAAUCACGUUAUCAAUUUUUUAAAUGAUGAAUACAUUCCUCGUUUCCCAUUAAUAGAACUCAUUAAAUAGGCCUGUUUCGAAACUGUUGAAGCCGUUAUUUUUAAGGAAUUUGUAACGCAAUGGAUCCAUGUUUAAAAAACAAUGCCAUCAGGUAGUAAUUUUAAAUUAAUCAAAAUUAUUUGGUGUUUUGUGAAACAUUUGGUUACAUUUUCCUUGAAAAGCCAUUAAGUACGAGAACAGUUGGGGGAAAAAAAAAACCAGGAAAAAGACAGAAAAUAUUUAAUAUUGCAGUUGUAAAUCUUGUUACAAUGUACCUGGUGGACACAACCGCGCAGCCGAUUGACAAUGCCACGAGAAAUCACAAUUACUCGUAUAAAUUGCUCAAUCAUCGAAAAGUCUUCGAUGCUCGUUUUUUCUCAUUACCCACAGCGAAAAUGACACAUUGGACUGCUUCGAAGUAUUCGUUAAUUUUUUUCGUCAAUUAAAAAAAAAAAAAAAAAACCUAAAAAUUUAUUUAAAAAAUUACAAAGACGAAUAAAAAAGCAGAAAAAUUUUCGACUUUAACCUUUGGUUUUUAUAACAUGACUUUUUUAUCUUCAUCAUUCAAUAAUGAGGAGUAUUAUUGUUUUUGAGAGGUGAAAUGUAAGAGAAAAAAACACGUUGACUUUGUUGGGCUGAAUCCUUGACAGAUGUGCAACACGGUACAAACGCAAACUCGAAAAGCAAUGUCCGCCCCAUUUUUUUACAUAAACUCUCGUGUAAAAAAAAAAAAAAUAAGUAAACAAUGCCGACGAUCCUUCGUUCGUCUUCCAAAGUGCGCAAUAAUCGUGUCCAUACGAUAAAUCUUGCCUUUAAGUUUUCCUAAUUACAUUUAACAUCGAUCAAAGCUUCUACUAAAAUUUUUAUUUUUACGUCGCGUCUCGAAUGACCUGUAUUAAUUUCAACAUUUAACUUGAAGCGUGAAUGCACAAUAGCUUCGAGUGUCGAGUGGUUUUCGUAUUCUGCUAUCCUAUACCGAACGCUGGCUUCAAACAGUGCCAAAUUAAAAGCAGAAACUAUAAUUACACACUCAUGUUAAUGUUGGACACGUUUGCGAUUUUUUUUUUUUUUUCUCAUACAAAGCCCGAAUUAUCAUUUAUAUAGGUUUGUAAAAUACGCAAAAAGGAAUCGUGUGUAUAGCUAAGUGUAAGUAUAGGUAUAACGUAUAAAAUACCGAUAUGAACAAAUUGUUCACAAAAAUGUGCGCAAGGCUUGUUGGAUGAACAAUUAAAUAAAUAAAUGAUUGCGUUGCUCUUAACUUCUGUAAUGUUGGAGGGCUCACAGACAUAUCGGGCUACACCGGAGUAGUACACACAAGUACAUACGACAAGCGUAUUUUUAUCAGCUCCACGAGAUGUGUUAUAG